CCGAGACCACAUAAACAAAGCUUGGCCACAACUGUUAUGCAACCACCGUUUGCUUCAAAUUUAAGCAUCCAUGGCUUAUUCCUGAAAGCCAGUAAUGAUUCCGGAGUGGAACAUAUUUCAUUGAUUACUUUUAUGACCCAUACGAAACAUGUGGCUGAAGAUCUGGCCGAGAAGAGAAAGACAUAUGACCGUAUUGCCGGAGGAAGCCCUUCAUAAUCUUUAAAGCUUCAUUUCUGAGGGAGGUCAGACAUGUUUCAGUGCAGUUUCAGACCUUUUUUUAUGCAAAAGCCAAAAACACCACAUUUAGAAAUCAACUUUCUUGGUGUUUAUAAUGGAGAAACUCUCCACAAGGUUCUUACACAUCGUCAAUAUGUUUAUUAUCUGUUAUAAGAUAAUGCCAAAGUGGUUUUUGCUUUUCAUGUGUAGCGAGUAUAGUUGCUUACCUACUGGUGAGAGUACUGGCUAUGGCAAUGUGUUUGAAUUUUAUUGGGGCAACGGCUAUUUCUUUUUGCACAACUUUCCAUACAUUUUUUCAGAAGUUUGUCUUUCGCUCUGCUCAUUAAACAUGGGAAAAAAUGAGCUCUUUCGCUCCUAGUGCUUCAAAUAAUUAUUAGUUUUAUUUAUGUAGUUCGUGGUGUCAUCUCAGAUACACACAUAAUCCACUUGGUUUUAUCAUCACAGCGUCACAUUUCUCUCACUCACUCUUUCUAGCUGAGUGCAUUCGUUGCACUGUAGCCACUUAAGCCACGGAGCUCUCUACAGAAGAAGCGCAUUUGUGAAGAGAAUGAUAAUGGGCAUGUUGGUUUUUGUCUCCUUGGUGAUAUCUGUAGCAACCCUUUUCAGCUCUUGCUCACUUGCUCUUACUCAAGAUGGUCUCACACUGCUAGAAAUUAAGAACACUUUGAAUGACAGCAAAAACUUUCUUGGGAACUGGCAAGCUACCGAUGAAACACCUUGCAAAUGGACUGGCAUUUCUUGCCACAGCCAUGACGAACGGGUCCGCUCUAUAAAUCUGCCCUACAUGCAAUUAGGAGGCACUAUAUCUCCCAGCAUUGGUAAACUCAAUAGAUUGCAAAGAUUGGCACUUCACCAAAACAGUUUGCAUGGAUUCAUUCCUAAUGAAAUUACUAAUUGUACUGAGCUUAGGGCUUUGUACUUGCGGGCAAAUUAUCUCCAAGGAGGCAUACCGGCAAAUAUUGGAAACCUUUCUUUUCUCACUAUAUUGGAUUUGUCCAGCAAUUUACUGAAGGGUGCUAUGCCUUCUUCCCUUGGCCGUCUCACACAUUUGCACUUUCUAAAUUUGUCGACCAACUUUUUCUCUGGUGAAAUCCCGGAUUUUGGAGCCAUGAGCACCUUUGGAAACAAGUCGUUUAUUGGAAAUUUAGAUCUUUGUGGUCGACAAGUCAACAAACCAUGCAGAACCUCAAUGGGAUUUCCUGCAGUUCUACCACAUGCAGCAAGUGAUGAAGCAGCAGUUCCUUCAAAACAUUCCUCUCAUUAUAUGAAAGGAGUGCUGAUUGGUGCAAUGUCCACUAUGGGCCUUGCCCUUCUUGUGCUUAUUGUGUUCCUUUGGAUUUGCUUGCUGUCAAAGAAGGAAAGGGCUGCAAAGAAGUACACAGAAGUCAAAAAGCAAGUUCAUGAAGAAGCAAGUACAAAGCUUAUUACUUUUCAUGGAGAUAUGCCAUACCCAUCUUGUGAGAUUGUCGAAAAGCUGGAAUCUCUUGAUGAUGAGGAUGUUGUAGGGUCAGGAGGAUUUGGUACUGUAUACCGGAUGGUCAUGAAUGAUUGUGGACCAUUUGCUGUUAAAAGAAUUGAUCGGGAUCGUGAAGGAUCUGAUCAAGUGUUUGAAAGGGAAUUAGAGGUCUUGGGUAGCAUCAAGCACAUAAAUUUGGUUAACCUGCGGGGUUACUGCAGGCUUCCUACCUCAAAACUUCUCAUAUAUGAUUAUCUAUCAAUGGGGAGCUUAGAUGAUUUCUUGCAUGAGCAUAGCAAAGGAGAGAGAUUGUUAAAAUGGAGUGAUCGUGUGAGAAUAGCCCUUGGUUCUGCUCGGGGAUUGGCGUACUUGCACCAUGACUGUGCUCCAAAGAUAAUUCAUCGUGACAUAAAAUCCAGCAACAUUCUCUUGGAUGAAAACUUGGGGCCCCAUGUCUCUGACUUUGGUCUUGCCAAGCUUUUGGCAGAUGAGGAGGCCCAUGUUACCACUGUUGUUGCUGGCACAUUUGGCUAUUUAGCACCAGAGUAUUUACAAAGUGGGAGGGCUACUGAGAAAACGGAUGUGUACAGCUUUGGAGUUCUCUUGCUGGAGCUUGUAACUGGGAAAAGACCAACUGAUCCCACUUUUGUUAAAAGAGGCUUAAAUGUUGUUGGUUGGAUGAAUACCCUAUUAAAAGAAAAUCGAUUGGCUGAUGUAGUAGAUAAAGGCUGCCCUGACGCUGACCUGGAAACUGUAGAAGCAAUUCUUGAAAUAGCUGCAAGGUGUACAGACGCAAACCCAGAUGAUAGGCCAUCAAUGAACCAGGUAUUGCAGCUGCUAGAGCAAGAGGUCAUGUCACCUUGCCCGAGAGAGUUUUAUGAGUCACAUUCAGAUUAUUGUUAGAUUAAUAUUACAUUCAUCUCGAGUGAGUAAUUACACCUUAUUGUUGAAGUGCUUUGCCCCUCUCUUUGGGGCCUGUAUGUUAAAUGUUUAUCUGCCAUCAAUGCAUGCCUGUACGGCUAAUUUCCUUUA